AAAGCAGGUUGGAAGUCUGGAUGGUGCGAUGGUAGUCUGUGCAUACCGUACACGUACAAUUUUUUCCAACCUGCUCACUAGUGUCCAGACUAGUGUGCGAGCAAGCGCCUGCGUGCGGCUGUGUGACGUGUACAUCGAGUUCAAAGCGCUUCUUUGUGCGGCUCUUGCUCGCGACCAGUUGACUCUCGUGUUGGGCGAGUAACGCAUUCGUGGUGGUAACCAGAGUAAAACCAUACCGUCAAGAGUUCACGCGUUAAAUGUCUACGUUUAACCACAACAUCUAGUUCCAUAAAUUUGAUUUGUGUAUUGUGAUACUUGCCAUGGAUCUCUUAUCAUCGAAAUGCCGCGUCGGUUUAUUGAAGUUUAUCUAAAACCGGAUAUUUUUACACGCGUAAAUAACAAGUGCAAAGGAUUGGGAUUACAUUAAAAGACUCUCAAAAUCUUGGGCGCACGACAAAUGUUAUAAAUGGUACGAAGUAGAACGCCGUCGCACGGCGGCUCGCAGGGAUUUGAAAUGGAGCGCAAAUAUUCCGUACCAUCAAAUCCCGAGUCGCGUGCAUUUUCGGGUACCGCAAGCGAGGAUCUGCACGCAUGGUCUAUCUACCGACAAAAUUUGAAUUCUGACUUCACGGACAGUGCGUUGGGAUCAACUGAUAAGAGUCCACUACCUUAUGGUAACUUUCAGCUGCGUGAUACUACAGUGCAAUCGAUUUUAUCACAUCCACGAUAUGGACCAAAGUCAACAUUGGGAUCAAAUAUGUACACAUAUUUAAAGUUUGGUUUACCACGUGUUUUCCCACCGAAUCAAAAUGGCUCCAAUCAUUCGGGUACCCCGCAGAAUUUCCACAGAAGCACAUCAGGAAGGCCAAAAGGAAGAGAUGCAAAGAGCGGAGGUCGCGGUCUCAGGGAUGGCAGCUCCGGAUACGAUAGCUCCGACAAUGAAACGCAUAAUGUCAACCAAUACAAUAAGAAUCAUCGAAAAUACCGAUCGGAUCCGGACUUCCGGAUGCAGAACAUUAUCUAUCAACAACAACAGCAGCAAGCGCUUGGGGCCCCGACCAGUGCCCCGUUGGCAGCGCUACAGCAAGGCGGUUUACGAUCGGGCAAGUGGUCGCGCAACAAGAGCAUCUCCGAGGCCAACCUGCUCAACGGCGACUACUCACCAUCAAAGCUCACGCUCAGAGACACACGACGAAAUAGUGUCGCGGACUUUGCAUAUCAUCAGCAUGUCGAGAGUGGAAUGCGACCGCUAUCCAAAGCGGAAAGUCAUCUAUCGCUAGCAACGGCCGCGGUACAGCACAGAUCAAUGGUACCCGGAGAGUACAUGGGUCACAACGAGGAUAUUAGACCGCCACACAUGUACCCGCAUCUUCAGGUGCACGGUCUGAGUGUUUUACCCAAGAGCAAAUCGGGCAUGAGAGGAAGACCACAUUUUCUGAUCAACAAUGUCUCAUUUGAAGCACGUGGCGGUGAAGUUUUAGCUAUAAUGGCUACCAGUGAAGCGGAAGGCACGGUAAUAUUGGAUGUGCUUGCUGGAAGGAAGAAUCAUACCGUUGGUGACAUUUUACUCAACGGACAAAUUGUCCGACGGUCAAUAUUACGGGAUUCUGUUUCAUAUGUUCAAAAUGAUACAAAUCUAGCUGAAGAUAUGACUAUUGUACAGACGCUCAAUUUUUAUUACGAUCUGAAGAGACCUACCAGUAAAUUGGAACAUUUGAAGAUUGAUACUAUUGAUAGAAUAAACGUACUUAUAGAAGAUUUGGGACUUGAGCAAGUGCGGAAUACAAAAGUUUCGUCUCUAACAUUAUCAGAGAAACAAAGACUUAAUGUAGCGUGUCAUUUGUUGCUUGAUACGGAUGUGGUGCUUCUGGACCAACCCACAAAGGGCAUGGAUAUUUUCGACACAUUCUUCUUAGUGGAAUAUUUAAGACAAUGGGCGAAUGGUGGUAGUGGGCACGCGCUUGGCAGAGUUGUAAUUCUCACAUUACAUCCGCCAACGUAUGAAAUUUUCACGAUGUUAUCUCGGAUACUUUUGAUAUCUGCCGGAAGGACUAUGUUUAGUGGACGGAGACGUGAUAUGUUGCCGUACUUUACAUUAGUGGAUUAUCCAUGUCCAGCUUAAAACCCAUCGGAUUAUUAUCUUGAUUUAGUCACACUUGACGAUUUGUCAGCGGAAGCGAUGCUGGAAUCAUCACAACGAAUCGAACAGUUAGCAGAACUAUUUCGACAAAAACAACAGCCAAUGUCGGAUCCUGGUCCACCAGCUGCACUACCCAUGACGAUCAAUCGAACAUCCGCUAUUUCAAAAGGGUUUACCCUUUUAAUGAAAUCGUUGAUUUAUACACAACCGAAUACUUUUAUCAAUUGGCUGGGUGCAGUUGUAUUAGCCGGAAGUUUAUCCGUCAUUAUGGGCGCUGUGUUUUGGGAUGUGCCCAACACAGAUCCCCAAUUAAAUCUCAAUGACAGACUGGGCUAUCAUUAUGCCACAAUGUCUUUUAUGUAUUUGCCCAUAAUGUUCCGGUUGGUGGUAAGUGAAGAACGGAAGAAUAGAAGAGUUAUCAAAAGAGACAUUGGAGAUGAACUUUAUGGACGAUUUACAUACAUUCUCGCAAAGUGUAUUGCUAAUUUGCUGCCAUCUUUGUUUAUAUGGCUUGUAUUUCUUGUUCCGGCGUAUUCCAUGUCAGGAUUACACUUUCAGAGCACUUCGAAUUACCAUGGGUUUUACAUAUAUUUAGGUUUAAUGCUGAUGUACUUUUGUUGCAUACAAAUUUUCAUCACGUUUCUUGCUUAUGUAAUACCUUGGGACGCGUUAAGUACAAUCUUGAGCGUCUUGUUCUUAGGAAGCUGCUCCUUUAUUUCCGGUUAUUUAUUGCACUACAAGCAUCUACCAUACCACUUUCACUGGCUUCAGUACGUUAAUCCAGAGGCAUGGCUGCUGCCUAAAUUGCUCCUACGUGAAUACUCGCCUGAGGCAAUCGCGAGCAGUUCGGCAACGACAUUAUGUCGCAAUAAACAGGUGCAGCAUCAAGACAUUAUUGUGCAACUACCGUGUCCACCGCCGAAUGGCACGCAAGUCUUGAGCUACUACGGAUAUUUAGACACGCAACAUAUUUUCAAUGUGUACGACAAUCAUAUCACCGCGUUGUUGAUCUUUUAUUGUGUAUGUUUUGUGCUCGUAUGCUUUGGCUAUAUUUUUAUUCGAAAAAGGCACAAAACAUAUGCGGCUAGACAAUAACAUUAAUUAAUGAAAAGGGGUUUUGUGCCAAAAUCAGUAUUUUCUAUCUGGAGCAACUCUAAGUUUUUUUUAAUAGUCAUAGAUUUCUGUACAAUAUUUUAAUUUUAAUAUUAAUAAAUUGAUAGUAUUUCUUAAA